AUGGCAUGGGCCCAGGGAGCACCCAUCGAUUACUCCGAGGCCGAAACACAUUCGGCUAGGUUCUGUCUGGGCGGGAGUCUUGAAAACCCCCAGUAUUUCCCCCAGGCUCCAUCGGCGGACCGGCAGCCCUUCACGAUUGUGGCUGGCGACCACGGACCAUAUUGCAACUAUGGCUAUUAUGCCGCUCCACGGUCCGAUCGCAGCGGUUACCUGGGACAGAACGAGCAUCGACAGUCGCAGAAUGACGACAGCCACCCUGCGUCGGACGACGGUGACGCUGGCUCAGAACAACAGGACGAUAAUAAUGGGGACGGAGACGAAGACGACGAUGAGGCUCACAACCAACAACCCUACUACGAACCUUGGAUUCAAGCAGCGACGAUCGAGUUUGAUGACAUCGCCGAUGUGGCGAGGCUUCGCGCCAAAGAAAUCUUCCCUUGUCAAUUUAAAGAGAAGCUACAAUCGCAGCCUUUGGGCCCAGAUACGGACACAAUUGUUUCUCUUGGCACCGAAUUAGCAGACGAUAUUUAUGGGCAUUGUCUUGCUGAGUCCCGACUCGAGUUCGACGCAAACACGGCGCCUCAACACCGCAAAAACCAGCAGACAAAGCAAGCGACAGGUGGCCCGUCAAAUGCGGGUAACAAGAAAAAGCCGAACGAUCCUGACCGUGUAAUGGGCGGGCGCGUGUUGAAGUCGACAAAAGCCACCCAGUCCCGAGUCAGGGAACCUGGAGCCUUUCAACGCAUAGCACCGAGACCGAUGGCGAGCAACAAUUUUACUGAGCUUACUGAACCUCAACCUCACCAUCAUCACUCGCUACCCAGUACCACUUCUGCGUCACAGUCAACACAUCCACUCCCCGCUGCCCCAACCCCAGAGCAUAGCUACUCGGGACCCCCCGAACACCCCCCGAUUGCCAUCACCCCGACCUGGCCUCCCCAACCCCAACCUCAACAGCAACACCAGCACCAACAGGCCCCAAUUGUCAACAACCCGGCUUUGCGUCACCCCCCCCCACCUCAACCUCAACAUUUUCAACUGUCACAACACCAGGUCUUCGCCAACACGCAAUAUGAUCCCUAUGCUCCUGCACAGAGGAAUGUGAACUACCAGAUGCCGCCUUCUAGCGGACCGCCGGGUGGAAGUAUGGGAGGAGGUCGAGGAUGGCCGGGUCAGUAG